GUGUUUGUCCGCAGAAUGCCCAACCAUUCACGUCCACCAGCAGCCUACAUAAUCAUUCCAAUAAGUUGUGUGCCAGAAGCGCAUGAACCUCUGUUUGAAUCCCCACCUCUUGUACUAACACACCCCUAUAUAGCUGUGAUAGGCCAGAAGCAAAUGACUGACGUCCCUCAAGAAGGAAGACUGGCUCCAAAUCUGUCUCCAAACCGAAUUGUACCACCUGGAAGUCGGCGCAAAAAAAAAGAAGAAAAAAAAAACAGCGCGGCACAGAGAGACAUUAAACAAGCGCUACAGAAAGGCUUUAGCAAUCUACCCGGCCUCCUCUGUUGGUUCUUUAACCGGAGGACAGGAGAGCAGCGCGCGCUUUCGCUUCGGACGCGGGAGCGGCGCGCGGCGGCGUUUAUCAUGAGUUGCCCGGACGUCAUGCGCCCGCUUUACGGCCAUUACGCACCUCACGCGCCUGGAGCCGCCGCGAUCGUCGGCAAUUUUCCGACUCACACUCGUGUCAGCAGUCCAUCGUCUCGGCACAGGAACCUAAUGGACGCCUCUGGAUCAGAGGAGGUCCCAGUUUUAGGAGGGAACCCAGUGCCAGGGAGCCUGUCCUCAUCUGUCUACUCCUCGGGCGGACAGAAGGAGAAGCCGGUCAGGGAAGCUGAGUACCUGAGCUCUCGAUGCGUUCUUUUUACCUACUACCAAGGGGAUAUCAGCAGUGUGGUGGAUGAACACUUCUCCAGAGCUCUCAGCUCCUGCACAGGGAUGGAAGGCAAGAGGAGAGCCAGCCAGGCCAGCACAGAACCAACAUCUCCAAACAGUCGGAGAAAUUUCCCUCCAUCCUUCUGGGACAGUAAUUACCCGCCACCUCCCAGUCGACCGCAUUGUGACCCAACAGGGACCCCAGCCUACUCCGUGGACCCCUACACCCAAGCUCUACACGCAGGUUUACCUCAUGCCCAUCCUCAUGCACACCCCUCUGACUCCUGGGGCUACACCCAAAGUCAGGUGUAUGGACCCCCACGGUCCCUCCAUGAACUCUACUCUGCACCGGGUCUGGAGGCGCACUAUAGUCCCCUGCUCAUGCCUGCUGUCAGGCCACCCCACCUGCCCCCCACCCUGCCAGGCCAUUAUGACGUAGCAAAACUGGAACCUACGCCCACGUGGCCUGGACUGCUACCACCAGGAGACAUGGCACUCGCCCUAAACAUGGACCCAGGGCUGCAGCCGCAUAAGAAAGGAAAAGAGCUCUACUGGUUUUAACGACCAUCAUGAUCAUCAACUCGGCCAAUUAAAGCUCUGGAGAGCUGAGGACCGACCCAUUGUAACCGAGCUUCUCUCUAUCAGACCCCUUCGACCUUGCCAGGUUUAUCUGUGCACCAUGGAGAUAAAAAGAGGAUGGAGAAAGAACAGCAGAAAAAUGAGAGGGGUCCAGCUCUGUGCAUCUGUCUUUCCUUCUAAUCCUUCCAUUCUCUCUCUUUCUCUUUUUUUCUCCUGUUUUUUUUGUGUGUGUGGUGUAACAAAAAACCCAUCCUGCUGACAGGACGGUCAAUUGCCUUGAGAGAUUUCAGUGAACAAUGGAGAUCGAGGAUGGAAAGAAAGAAAUGACAAACAUUUGACGAAGAAUUGACGAGCGUGAAAUAAAUAAAGGUAAUAGCAAGUUAUUCAUAAUGUGUACUACAGCUCUGUGAGGGGAUUUUCAUAUUUAUCACACUUUGUAUUAUAUGUUAUACUGUUUGUGGAAUUUGGAGAAAAUAUCAGUAGCCAAAAGAAUGUUUAUGGCUGUUUGUUUUUCUUAUGAAUUAAGUGUAAUAUUUUGUUUUAACUAUUAAAGUGUGUCGACUGAAUUUGACUACAUCUGAAGGCCAGUGAUUUGUGGAAGUGUACUAUUCAGAAACCUUUCACUAUAAAGUAGUUUCAGUUGGGAAAUUAUGUAUAUAAAAUUUCUAUGUAUUCAUGUAUGUUUGUAUGUGGCAUUUUUCUUGUAUAAUUAUUACUUUAAUUUGUUUUCCUGGGAUAGCAAGUUAUUAUUUUUAAUUGGUCAUCAACAUAAUUUUUUUUUACAUCUUGAAAUAAAGAAUUUUUGUUUUUACAUGAUAAUAUAAUUAAGACAAUGAAAAAAAAAAGAUAUACCAAGCACAGGCAUAUUGAUAGUUAAUCAUACUUAAAAUCUCACUUAACAUUCAUAACACAAGCCUAUUUCUACAUUUCUACAUUUAUUUGUUUCUAUGUUUUUUUACAUGUCCCUUUAUGCUAGUGUUAUACUAAAUUUAUCCUGAAUGCAACACACACAGUUGUUUGAAGCGACAACUUUGUUUAAGGCCUACAUGCUUAUUGUUUCAAGCCAUUAAAUGAAUUAUAGCAUUAGUUUAGGGGGGGGGAAGGAAGGUUAAUUAUUCACUAUUUCCCUGUCCUGUGAUCUCAGGAAAGAAUGUGUUAACAGAACAAGAAAUCAAAUCAAAUUAACUUGUCAUGAAAAAACAAACAAACAGAGAAAAUGAAAUAUGUGAAUCAAUAAAAGUUUUUAGGGCUGCUAGGGUUGAACCUUGCUGAAGUUGAAAGAUGAAAAUGUGUGUUGUAUUUUGCUUCUAUUUAUUUAAAUUCAAACAAAUAAAGUCUUUUUCAGUCUGC